UUUUAAACUCCUCUGCAGUUGAAAAAGGAAGAAAAUGGAACCAAGGUUGACUAGACCAUUGAUGACGCCCCUGUGUGCCGCCGGCCAUGUCGUUCAAAAUUCUCGCCGCAGGAAGAAACUCCGGCACCGUCCUCAAAAUCCUAAACCAAACUCAUCUCAAAUUCACCCCCAAGACAAACGCGAAGUCUUCUGUACUGGAGAUCUUCGGCGUUCGCAGCGUUCUCUCUCGAAUCGGUUUCACUAUGAAACUCCAACGUUAGAAACACUUUAAUUUGUGGUUAUGGUUCCAUUAAUUGUUUACAGCUUUCUUCGUUCUUCGAUAUACCGUUCUUCUUUCUCUGCUACAUAUAUAUACUUCCAAUGGAACUCUUCUCUUCACUCAUCUUCUUCUGUUUUCUUCUCUUCACAUGCGAGCGCCAAAACGUAAUUGGUAAUGUUUCUUGUAAUCUCGUAAGCAUUCCUUCUGAUCGACUUCUUCCAUUUCGGAUUUUGUCGAUAACUCAUAGCAAUGGCUUUAUUAGGCCCUGUGACUCACGCUCAGGUUUCGUGUCUUAUCGGAUUUGUAACCAUUAUCGUUGCGUGGAUUUAUUCAGAGUACUUAGUAUUUAAAAAGAAGUCGAUCUCUUCCAAAGUAAGGCAUUCUGAUAUUGGCUUGGAUGAGGUAGAAAGUCAUACUGGAAAAGAAGAUGAUAGAGUUGUUUUAUUAGAAGGGGAGGCUAUCAAGUCUAUUCCUUCUGGAGCUCGAAUUCCACCUUCAUUCUCUACUUUUAUCAGGUUCAUUACGCUGGAAGAGUCAUUCUUGAUAGAAAAUCGAAUGUUACUCAGAGCAGCAUCUGAACUUGGUCUUCUUGUAGCAUACUUCUACACUUGUGACCGUACUGAUAUAUUUGGAACAGGAACAAAGAGUUACAAUCGAGAUCUUUUCUUCUUUCUCUUCCUUAUUCUCAUCCUAGUUUCAGCAAUUACUACGUUCAAGAUACACCUCGAUAAAUCGCCAUUUUCAGUGAAAACCUUACUCUUCUUGAAUAGGCAUCAAACCGAGGAGUGGAAAGGAUGGAUGCAGGUAAUUUUUCUGAUGUACCAUUACUUUAAUGCAAGAGAAAUUUACAAUGUUGGUCGUGUAUGUGUUGCUGCCUAUGUGUGGAUGACUGGAUUUGGGAAUUUUUCGUAUUACUAUGCUCGUAAAGACUUUAGCCUCUCUAGAUUUGCUCAGAUGAUGUGGCGGCUUAAUUUCUUGGUGUUCAUGUGCUGCAUUGUCCUUGACAACAGUUACAUCUACAUCUGCCCCUUGCACACUUUUUUCUCUCUCGUGGUAUAUGGUACUAUUGGUGCUCUGCACAAGUACAAUGAGAUUAGAACCGUCAUUGCGGUGAAAUUUUUGUGGGAAACACCGGGAGUGUUUGACGUGCUUUGGGAACCAUUUACCUUCAUUCUAGGAUAUAAAGAUCCAAAUCGAUUGGAUGAACACUUGCCUCUUAUGUAUGAGUGGCACUUCCGCACGGGGCUUGAUCGUUAUAUUUGGAUAUUAGGCAUGAUAUAUGCAUACUAUUAUUCAACUAUUGAGAAGUGGAUUGAAAAGUUAGACGAUGCAAAACUGAAGCCCAGGAUACUGAUCAAAACGACAAUUGUUGUGACAUCCGCAACGGCCGCAUAUCUAUGGUUUGAGUACAUAUUCAAAUUGGACAGUAUUACUUACAACAAAUAUCAUCCUUACACUUCUUGGAUUCCCAUCACGGCUUACAUAUGUAUACGAAAUAUUACCCAGAGUACCCGUAGCUAUACGUUGACCCUUUUCGGUUGGAUUGGAAAGAUUUCACUGGACAUCUCGCAGUUCCAUAUUUGGUUAAGAUCAAAUGCUCCGGAUGCCCAGCCGAAGAAAUUACUCAUUAUCAUCCCAAAUUAUCCUUUAUUGAACUUCAUGUUUACAACUAUCGUAUUUAUGACGAUUUCCUACAGGCUCUCUGAGCUGACAAAUACAUUUAAAAUGGCUUUUGUACCUAGCAAGGACAGUAAGUGCAUUAUGUAUAACAUGAUUACCGCAGCUGCAAUCAUGUGAAUCUUGUAUGCCUUGUCAUUUGUAUUCCUUAAAGUCCCUCCAAAGUUGGUAAAGUCCCCUCUACUUUGUUUCUUAAAAUAUUUUUCCAUGCUAGGAUAUCUCUAAACAAGAACACUCCAGAACGAUAUAGAAAAUUCAAGAACACUAAAAUAUGGGAAUAGAAAAGUAAUGAGAUAACCUAAUCUUUUGAGAGGUCUAGUCUUUUCCAAAUUCUCGAAAGAAAAUCCCACAAGAUUCUUCACACUUUUGCUCCCAACACCACUCUCUCUAUUUAUAACUAAAAGCAUUAGAAAACUUACCAUCUAAUUACUAAUAUGCUUCUUCUAAUAACCAUACUAAUAAUCCUAAUAUUUUCCUAAUCGAGGGACUUACAUAGGCUUAAAACUUAAUAGUUACUGUUUUAAAAAGAUCAAAUCAAGAGACACUCUCAUGUGUAUCAGGAGGAAAUAUUGGGACAUGGAAGACUCAUACUUCACCUAAUAACGGUAUUGGGUAUAUUAUUUGAUAAUCAUGUUCCAUUUUAGUGUGAUUUCAAAAUGGUUCAAAUCGUUUGUAUCAUGUUGAAAAUCACUUAUAGACAUGUUUUUAAUAAUUCAAAAUAAGUUUAAUGUUUGACUUUACACUUUCAAACGUCAUUUUCAUAUCAUUGAAGUUGAUUUUGAUGGUUGAAGAGAUGUUGUCACUGCAGGUUUGAGAGUCGAAGAUAAUGAAAGAUUGUACAGAAGGGCAAAGUGCACUACAAUUUUGUGUGGAAGACACAUUUUAAAGGAGAGAGUGCUGAACCAUGAAAUAUUCUUCUAAGAAAGAAGGGAAAAGAAAAAAAACGAAAUUUGUUUGAUAGGUUAAUCCACUUUGUUCUUAGUGGGUUAUAAAAUGAAAUAAAGUACGUGUUGCCACCACUUUAGGGCAUAAUUAAUGAAAUUUUGAGAUAAG